AUGUGUCCACAAUUAUUAUUAGUUGCUGAAAUAUUUUUAUAUACAGCAACAGUAGAAUAUGAUUUUAGAACAACGAAUAGAAUAUUAACUGAUCUACGAAAUCAUUUAACAAUAGAACAUUUAGAACAAUUAAUGAGAAUAUUAGUAGAAGGAUCAUCUGAUUUAAACAAUGAUCUAAAAGAUUUAAUUAUUGAUUAUGAGAAAAGUAAAAAAUUCCGGUUUAAUUUAGAUUUAUUGUUUUCUUUUCAACGUGUUUUUUCACACUGUAUUGGUAAUCGAAGAAGAAGUGUAAUGGUGUUGUGAAAAAAAAGAGUCUGUAUGUCUUUACUAUAUGGCAAAAAUAUUUUUACCUAGCAGCCCCUUCAAAUAUUUCAAUCAUCCACGCGAAAAGCGAAAUCCAGAUAAAACACUGAUCAUAAUAUCACUUGCUGAAUGAGAUGUUUCAUUUAAUUUGAAGACAUAUCGUUCUGAACAUAAGUAGUUGUCCUUCAUAAAGUGCUACUAUUCUUUUAUGGUAUUGAGCUGGGAUGCAUGUGUGCAACAACAAAUCCUAAUCGCAAACACCAACUCACUUUCUAUCGGCUAACAUAUACUGAAGUAAUGAUUCAGACAUCAUCUUAUCUCAAACAUGGUGGGACAAACAUUUUCAUUUAACUUCUCAUUCGAAAGCUCAAUAAUGUAAUUAUCCUCUACUCCGAAUGUUUUUUAGAUAACUGAGAUAUGGUCUUUUCAUUAGAGGUGUAAGCCGUACAGCUGAGCCGCCGUCGCUGACAUCUAUACAUACACGAUCGAACAUUUUUUCAUCAGUUGAGUUUCUAACUACGGAAAUUUUUUUUUCUCAAAAGAAUACUUCAAUUUUAAACUUAGCAGUCGUCGUUCGAUUUUUCAGCUUACACCUCUACUUCUCAUUAAGAAUGUCUGUUGAAGAUCAAAUUCUUGGAUGGAUCUUUUCCACGAUGACUUUGAUCAAUUCAUUUGAAAACUUUAAUAGAAAAUUCCCGUGAAACAAUGAAUCUGUUCUGAAAGUUGAGUUAGUGCUACGACAUCCGUGUGCACUUAUUAGUGAGAUCUUCACUAUAUGUCACGGGCUUUGAUGAUAAUAGAUUCAUCGUACAUGUUUGAAAACUAAACAAUUUCUUUUUUUUUGUGUGAAACGCGAUUUAAAAGAAUUGUUGAAGUAUAGGGGUAGAAAUUUGAAUCGCUACUACGCACUUUAAUCUUCUUUAGGAAUGUUGGUGGAUAUCUUAGCAAUGUCUCUUCUCCAUCAUAGAGUUUAAUAAAUUGCGCUAACCGAUUUUUUUUUUUGGUUUGUUGAUUUUAUUUCAUUUACUAGAAAAUAUUUAUCUUACUUCUACAACCAUGGAAUGUCCCGUAUAAAUUGAUAAAGCAUCUAAAUUUUU